AUGCCUAGAAACAAAGUAAUAUUUGCUUUGAUUGAAAAUGAAACUGAUAGAAAAGUCUCAUACAAGAAAAGACACAAAGGGUUCUUGAAAAAGGCACAAGAACUCAUGACUCUUUGUGACAUUGAAAUGGCUGCCAUCAUCUAUAGUCCUUAUAGUGAUGAACCUAAGGUGUUUCCCAAUCAUCGUGCUGCAAUCAACACCUUUCGAAAGUUUAAAGAAUUGUCAACAUUAGAGAGAUCAAAAAAUAUGGUGACAAGAGAUGAAUUCACUGAGGAAAGAAUCAAGAAGUUGGAGAAAAAACUACUAAAGGUAAGAAAGGAAAAUAGGGUAAAGGAAAUUACGAAUGAGAUGCAUGAAGUUUUGAAUGGAAAAAUUAUUUCUGUUGACAUGAAUUCUUACUAUCUCAACGAUCUAAGUUACGUGAUCAAGAAGAACCUUGAACUGGUACAUGAAGCAAUAACAAAGAAUGUUAGUGAUGAGGGGUCUACAUCCAAUGUCCCUCAAUCCACGCCUUCAACAACAAUGACGUAUAUGAUACCUUCAUCAAUUAUAGAUCCUCCACUGUAUGCUCCAGUUCCUUCUCCAAUUACACCACAAAUGGACCCUUCAGAAGAGAUCCCCCCAAUGG